UGUGUGUGUGCGUGUGCGUGUGUGUUUGUGUUUUCCUAUAACAAGUUAGAGGAUGCGCGUUUCGCUAGUCUUUGCACAGUGACUUUUCAGAUGGUGACUUCUCCAGCUGAAAUAGCUGAUACCUGCACAAACCUUUAUUUGUUACCCAUCGCACGACUAAGUGGGUUGAAGAAAGUCAGUCACAACGCUGCACACUCGUAGUCUGUAAACGACAGGUGUGUAGAUUUGACAACGUCUGACGACUAGCGCACCGUAGCCGCCUCGCACCAAGGCCCGGCAACACAGCACCUCGAGGACUCUGAAGUUUUUUUUCCUUCCGGGGCUCCUCUUUUACCCAUACCUAAAUUCGACACUUUUGGACCGAAGAAUGUCAUGGUUGCUGAUCUCUAUGUACAGGCAGUGCCUUGCUUGCAUCUCUUUCUAUGUAGUACAAUGGUGGCAAAUGAAAUCCAACCCCAUGAACAGAUCAGAGCCGUGGUACACAGCACAGUCUACUGCUCGUAGUGCUCGGGCUGUGCAGUCUCGGGACUGCCAUACUCUCACGGCUGGAUUUCACUUGCCGCAACUGUAGUCCAGGUCAGUUCACGGUACCAUGAUCCAGGACUUUCUUCGUCCACUGUGACUCUAUUGAAUGUAGGAUCAUCCUAUUCUCGUAUCUCUUUUUUUUUGUGACAGUCUGAUGACUAGCAGCUCUGACAGCUGUCAUGGGGUAGAACCUGUGUACAUGUGCCUACUCUCUUUUGCUUUGCUUGUCAUGCCUUGUUUGGUCGGGACUUGGAAGGACGCCAUUGCCAGUGGCUAUCUCCCGUGCUCGCGUGUGCGCGACCGCCACGCCAGCCGAGAGUUCAGCUGGGGCCAGUACUGGCUCAGUAUGUGGCGUCUUUGAAAGCCAUGGCUAUACUCAGCAGUUGCUCAUGCUAGCAACUCCUUUUCUCUCUCUCUUUGCGGAGCAGUGUAGCUGUAGAGAAAAAGGAAUAGAGUGUUUUGAACUGGAUUCUACUUUGGGGUUGGAUCAUGUCUGCACAAGCUGUUCUGAACUGCGUAUCCUGUGGUUGUGACAGGAAAAGGGUCAAGAUUGUGUCGUGUUUGCACUCCGUGUGCGUUGUGUGCAUUGAGCGGCACAUCGAAGAGGAUGGCUCCAUCACCUGUCCUAAGUGUAGAGCAUGCACACCAUUGCAGGCUGGAUGUUCUCCCGUGCUGUCUCUGCCUGAUAGUUAUGCCUUGGUAGAGGGCGGUGGUGCAGAGCAGAAGUCUGCAGUAUCGUGUGAUGAAUGUAUGGACGUGCAGGCAGCUGUUUGGCGCUGUGCAACGUGCAGCAGUCAUUUAUGCGAUUUACACGGCCAAGCACACAAGCGUUCCCGAGCUACCCAUGAUCAUGAGGUACUGUCAUUGGAUGCAGCAGUUACUGAGACUUCUGCUACUGGCAGUACUGCUGCUACUGCUACUGCUGCUGCUUCAGCUACUCAAUCCCAGCAUCACUGUGCACUGCACCCAAGCAGUAUCCUGACCAAGUUCUGCACAAAGUGUAAGAAACUGUUGUGUGAGAGAUGCAUCAGUACUGGUAAACAUACGCAGCACCAACCAGAUCUUGUAUCUAUCAGUGCUGCAGCGGAGAAGAUGAGAGCGUCAGUGAAUGAUUUGUUGUUGAGCUGUGUGUCUGAGAGUGACGGCGUUCUGGAGAGCUCUAUUGAGAAAGUACAGUCCUCCAUUCGUAACCUUCAUGAUCAGAUAGAGCUUGCAUCAGAAGAGGCAGUGCUUUUUUUCCGUUCUCUGGUAGAAGCUAUUCAGAAACGUGAAACCAGUGUUCUGAAUGAACUUGAUGAUCUUCGAAGUCAGGCACUGGGACCUCUGGAGAAGCAACUCGCUAGGCUGCAGGGCAGUGUGUCACAAACAGAAGUUGUGAGUUGCUUGCUCGAUUCUUGCCAGGACAGCGUGGACUUUGUGCGCAUGUCGUCUUGGCUAGUGACAGCCUUGAACGGUGCAGCGGAGGUUGGCAAGAGUGAUGCCGAGCCGUGUGUUGUAAGCGGCAUCGUCUUUGCAGCAAGCGACACACGUGAUCUCCUGACUGGCAUCAGCAAAGCGGGUCUUUGUGGAGACAUGGCUAAGAGCAGUGUGCAGUGCACUAAGAAUGCGGAGAUAGGCGAUGACGUUGUCAUCGGAGUUGAAACGGAGAAAAUUUCAGGUACUGCUACGAUCAGCGAAGAAAUGCUGAGAAAGAUUGAUUUAGGAGUUGCUGUGACAGAACCGGACGGCCACUUAGUCCAGUGCGAGUCACUACAGCAGUCAUCUAGCGGCCGUCUGGUUACUAAAUGUUGUCCUACUGCAGGCGGGGAAUACGCUGUUUCCACUACUAUUGCCGGUGUUCCUCUGAAAGGUAGUCGAGUGAAGUUCAGUGUUGUUCCACCAGCACCUGCUCAGCCGGCACCUGUACCUGUGUUUGAUAUCAACCGCUGUCAUGGCGAUAUUCAGAUCAGUAACAACAACCGAACCAUCAGUAGGUCGUCGUCCUACGGGUGGCAUUCAGUGUGUAGCUCACCGAUACAGGAACAGUGCGGUAGUAGUGCUAUACAGGUGGCUGAGGUGGUCCAGCGCUUGCUGUCUAGGCGUGUACACCUGGCCAGCGUGGGACGGCGUGCUCAGCGCCAGGCCUUGACGUUCACGCAGACUGCGUAUCAACUGUCCUUGAGCAAGAUCAUCAAUCGAGUGAAUGCUGUGUAAUAAUUUGCCCCUUGAAAUUGAGUACAGCGCUUUUCGGUGGCAUCGUGCUUCGACCGUGUGGAUAGCAGUGAUGGCUGCAAUGACAGCCAUCUUGGAGUAGGGCAUCCGUGGCGAUCAGCAAACUCGUGUGUAGUCCAUACCAGUUACAUUGUGUUCCGAGGUGUGAAACUCAAUGCAUUGGCACCUUUGUUGGACAGUUCUCCCCCCCCCCCCCCCCCCCCCCCACUUCGACACAUGGGAUUGGGGAUGACUGUUUCCAGUGCAUUCAGUGUAUCAUUAUGCAAUGUACGAGUGCUUCUCGAGAGCAUUCGGGGAUCCAGGUAAAACAUCGCACCGAAACCUUUUGCUGGUGCCUACUUCUUUUUAAUAAGCUUUUAGCUGUUUGAGAUGAGAAAUUUAUGUUUUGUAUUGUACAGAAGAAUAAUAAUACAACGCUUUUUUCCAAGCUUGACGCCACACCUGCUUCAGAUUUACGACAGUUAUCCAUAGAUGAGCUGAGCGAGUAUUUAUCAAAAUCAUAAUAAUUAUUAUCAUUAUUUUUUUGUUUUAUAGAACAAUUACAUAACUUCAUUCAACAUGCCUGGGGUGAUCAUGGCAAUGCAGACAUGAAUGGCGGAGUCAACUUAAGUCUAAAAUGCAGUGAAAGAACAUUGAACGUGCGGUUACUGGCUGCUGGCACGUGUAUUCCGUGUGCGACUGUAAAUUCAUGGAUACGUAUCUUGCUCUUGAUUUUUGUGGCAUGCAGGCAGGA